AUGCCUCCUCCGGGCCGCAUGGUGGCGCUGCGGCUCCGCCGAGGCCCGGGGGUUUCGGGCUCCGGGGCGCGCAGGCUUCUGGGGACCCUCAGAGCUGCGGCGGCGACGCACGGGUCGGCUGCGGUUCUCCCACCUGUCACCCUGGCCCUUCUCUGCUUGGACGGCGUCUUCCUCUCCUCAGGCGAGAAUGACUUCGUGCACCGCAUCCAGGAGGAGCUGGACCGCUUCCUGCUGCAGAAGCAGCUGUCAAAGGUCCUUCUCUUCCCCCCACUCUCCAGUCGCCUCCGGUACUUGAUCCACAGGACAGCAGAGAAUUUUGAUCUUUUGAGCAGCUUCUCUGUUGGGGAGGGCUGGCGGAGGAGGACAGUCAUCUGUCACGUGGACAUCAGGUUACCCGGUUCAGAUGGGCUCUCUGGCCCCUGCCGCCCUCCUGCUUCCCACCCUAGCAAGUACCGAGGUCCGAGGUCCACCUCAAGCCAGGGAGCGGCUGCCGGUCCCCGAGGAGCGCGGGCCGGCCGGUGGCAUCGUGGACGCAAGCCGGACCAGGCUUUGUAUGUGCCCCGGGCGCUGCGCAGGCGAGAAGAAUGGGCGCCCCUCCCGGCCCCGGGGCUUCAGGGAGGUGCUCCAGCUGGCGGGCUCCCAGAAGAGCCCGAUGAUAUCCGUGCUGGGGACCCCACCUCCGAUCAGGAACUUCCUGUGUUGGCGACUCAGGCAGCAGAGGUCCGAAAAGGCCGUAGCAAAAGUGAGAAGGAGUCACUGCCAGACCCAGUGGCCACUGAGUCCCCAGGGCCAGAGGAUCACUCAGGGACGGGAGACAGGCCGGAGUCGGCCACACGGCCUGGGCCCGGUCUGCAGCCAGACUUGGAAGACGGGAGUGGGAGCGAGCUGGAGAGGAGCCUGGCGGCAGAGAAGGAAGAGGACGAGGUGGAAGAGGAGGGGCCGGGCAGCUGCUCCGAGGAGGACGAUUACAGUGAGCUGCUGCAGGAGAUAACGGACAACCUGACGGAGAAGGAGAUUCAGGUAGAGAAGAUCCACAUGGACAUGUCCUCCUUCGCAGAGGAGCUGCCUGGAGAGAAGGAUUUUGCGCACGUGGUGGAGAUCUACGACUUUGAGCCGGCGCUCAAGACCGAGGACCUGCUGGCAGCCUUUUCCGAGUUCCAAGAGAAGGGGUUCAAGAUCCAGUGGGUGGACGACACGCACGCGCUCGGGGUCUUUCCCUGCCUGGCUUCAGCUGCUGAGGCCCUGACCAGGGAUUUCUCCACGCUCAAGAUCCGGCCCCUGACGCAGGGAACCAAGCAGUCCAAGCUGAAGGCCCUGCAGAGGCCAAAGCUUCUGCGUCUGGCAAAGGAGAGACCACAGACAAACACAGCCGUGGCCCGGAGGCUAGUGGCCCGGGCCCUGGGGCUCCAACACAGAAAGAAAGAGCGGCCUGCAGUGGAGCCUCCCCCAACCCUGAGGCCCUGAGAGGCCCAGGCGGCCUGGAUCGGCCCCCCGACCCCCUCCUCAGCUGGGGCCCCAACGCCGCAAGCCUUUACACACACCAGAGCAGCCCUGAGCCAUCCUCGGAGCGUCACUGUGGGGCAUGGGGGGCUUUACCUUGGUCUAGUUCCAGAAGUUGAGAAAAAAUAAAAAUGUAAGAAUUGU